AUGCCCCCCAGCAGCUUGCCGCCUUUCUUCAGGAUGUCGUUGUCCGUACUCACUGCGUUGGGCCUCAUGGCCCAAACCGUGGUGGGGAAGAUGGCCGUCGUCAGAACAUUCGCCACCAGCGACGAGAUUGGUCACCUCACAAAGGCCAACACGGAUUGGGAUGCUACAAUGCCAUGUGCCGACCCGGGCACGACAAGCCAGAUCGACCUGAUCUUGGUGUACAGCAAGGACAUUGGCAUGCACCUACCAGCGAAAGCUGCAGUUGAGGCAUACGAAGCCAGCUUUGCCCAGGGCAAGAGCUGGACCGGAUGCUUCGCAGGCAUCAAGAACAUGUCUGCAAGGCUGGUGGAAGAGGAGGACCAGUACGAUGAGCAAGGCUAUGCCAUGAACAAGCACUGGGUGACAGGCCCCAACAUGGUCUUCAUGCGCAGCAUGGAAGCCUUCUAUACCGGUGACUUCGUGGGCGAGUACAGCACCAUCUUUUGGAUGGAAAUUGAUGCGGUGCCAGUGAUGUCUAACUGGCUAGACAAGUUUCAGGAGGAGGCUGCGGAGAUGCCUGCAAGGAACAUGGCCAUCCGUGGGAGCCUCUACUUCGGGUCAAAUUGGCAAUCCUUCGCGCACAUGAUGCCGGACUACAUCCUGAAACAUAUCAACGGCAACGCAAUUUACAACCUCGACCAUCCGUGGUCGAAGUUCCUUUUCGACCUCAUCAAAGAUUCGGUGAACAGCGAGGCGAUGGAGCAGAUGGCUUUUGACACAGCCUAUGCUGCGAUCAGCGUGGCCGCGAUGACGGGCUCCAACACCAUGCUGGCCCAGGCCUGGGCAGCUCUGAACUGCAGCUCCACAACGUACAGCUCAGAGACCCAGCUUGUGCGGAACUAUGCCAACACCUUGCUCAACAAGAGCCAUGAUGUUGGUGCCUACAUUCGCCAUGGCUCCAUAAACAAUAUCUUCGACAGCCUCUCAGGUGAGGAAGUCACCUUGGGGAUUGCUGCUCUCAGCGAAGAGGAUGACCAUUUCAUGAGCAGCAUCGGGACCAACCACCCCUUCAAGAAGAUCUUGAUGCUGACCUACGACUCCACCACAGGGAACCGGACCAUCCCGGCCCCCGGCGGCGACGUGAUGCUGAGCAUCGAGGCGUCGGAGCAAGGCCCCAUGAUGCACCUCUGCGAGGUGGCAGCGAAAGUCAGCACACCGUGGUUUGCGCUCGCAACGAACUAUCACAUCAUCAAUGCCCCCGUGAGCCUGCUGAUGCACAUGGGCCAGCCGGUCAUACCGUACCUUCUGGCCAGCUCUUCCUACUGCACGGCACGUCCUGAUUGUAAGGCAGCUCUGGAUCAGGCUGAAGAACUCUUUGGCGUCAAGCUGAACUACCACCACGACGUCACCGAGGUCCUCUUCAACACCACGGAGACCGAGUCCUUCUGCGCAGCCUGGACCGUGGCUGCCGCCAACAAGUCGCUGGAAGACUGCCAGCUGGCCUCGGGUCCUUCGGCAGAUGAUUUCGUGGCCUGGAAGAUCAGCAUGGGCAUGAACAUCACCAGCGCGCCCAGGGAGAGGACGCGCUACGGUUGGAGGUCGUGGACCACCUUGUGGGAGCCGGUUCCAGUGGACACACGAAGCUGCGGUGUAUACGGCGACCAGGAGUUUGCCCAGACACUAUCCUACAUCUCCAAUUGCAGCCUAAACGUCGAGAACGCAUCGGGCUGCGAAGCAAAUGGCGGCUGCAAGUGGGAGCCCAUGUUCGAGACAGGAGUGUGUCUGCCGGAUAAACCCGGCUUGAACACAGCUGUGAACAUCACAGUCCCGGUCUACAGCACCAUCGAAGUCACAAUGCCGCUCACUGUGGACGAUGCGGCUGCGAUCCUCAACAAUGCUACCGUGCAGGAUGCCAUGAAGCAAGGCUUCGCAACGGCGAUGGACGUGCCCGUGGAGGAUGUGACACUGGAGAUUCGGCAAGUUCGGCGGCUGAGUGCUCACACGAGGAAGCUUCAGACUCAGCUGCUGGCCAUCUUCUCAGUGGCCCUGCCCGGCAUCGAGGACGCCAUCGCGAAGCAGGUGGAGAUCGAGGCCGUUUCCUUGGAAGCCACCAACCAGGCCAUUGCCAGUGCGAUCGCGAGCGUGGGCUUCUCUGGUGCCGUGGAGGUUACCGGCAAGACGUCCGCGAGAGUUGCGGUUUCGACCACGACGCCGACCACGACAUCGACCACGACGGUUUCAAAUGUCUCAACCACCGAAACCGAUGUCUCAACCACCGAAACCGACGAGACGCCGCCCGGUGAGGAGCUCAGCAAAGGUGGACUGGCCGUUGCUUCGCUGAUGAUCGUGACGGUCUGUUCAUUGUUGGCAAUUGGAUGA